UCAAUGAGCGUUUUGAUGUAUGUCAGAAACGUCACUAGCGGUUAUGUGUAAACGAAAAAUAUUAUUUGUUUAAUAUUUAUGUUGGAAAGCACAUUAAGAUAAACAGAGUUUCGGAUUAACCAGUUUCAUUAAAAAUGGGGAAAUUCUCGACUUCGUUAGAUCUUAGUUCUUACCGCGAUCAACAUUUCAAGGGCACUCGAGCUGAACAAGACAAACUCCUACGAGUUUCAUCCACUUUUUAUGUGGGGAAUUUAUCGUUUUAUACUACAGAAGAACAGAUCUACGAGCUGUUUUCAAAGUGUGGUGACGUUAAGCGAAUUAUCAUGGGGUUAGACAAAUAUAAAAAGACACCAUGUGGAUUUUGCUUUAUCGAAUAUUACACAAGGGCUGACGCUGAAAACUGUUUAAGAUAUAUUAAUGGUACAAGACUAGAUGAUAGAAUAGUAAGAACUGACUGGGAUGCCGGGUUUAUUGAAGGUCGUCAAUAUGGGCGAGGAAAAACUGGAGGGCAGGUGCGAGAUGAAUACAGAACUGAUUACGAUGCAGGUAGAGGCGGAUAUGGAAAAUUAAUUCAACAAAAAAUUGGCUCUGAAGUGCCAAGCUUUCUCAGAUAAAAUAUAUCGAUUAAUGUUCUACUUUAUUUGUAUCUAAUAUUAAGCUUUACUUUAUUCUAUUCUCGAAAUUGAAACAUGCCUUGAAACAAGUUAAGAAUGUGGCUAAAAAAGUAAUAGCUGACCACAAUUACUUUAAUAGUUAAUAUACUUUUUGGGGUAAAAGA